AGGAGGCAGGCGGAGCUGAGUCUCUGAACUGCUUCCGAGGCUGCUGCAAUGCGGUAGAGGAGGAAGCAUGUGCAGAGUGCAUUCCCUCCACCAUCCUGGAGCCCAACCAACUUCUGCCCAGGGUGUGGGAGAGGGAAUGAACAGUGGGGUGAGCGGUCUGCAUCCAGGGGCCUCCUGGAUAGGCCGGACUAUGGUGCCCAUUCUCUCCAGCCAAUACAGUGGGAUGAGGGGACUUUAAGUCCUCCCCCCAAAUAACUUCUGGUAACUUACAUCCAGUAUUCUGCAUCAUGAACUCUGGGAAGAGGGAGAACCGGUCUCAGCCUUCAUGGGGCUGCCCUCCCUGUCCGCUGAUCAUGCUCUCUGCUUUUCCUUGAACCUUUGCCGAUCUUUCCCAAAGUGUGGUGCCCCAAACAGGACACAGACCUCAAAGGGGGGCGGGCUCUAACCAAGACAGAGCUGCAUGGAGCAAUCCCUUCCUGUGAUUUACGAAUUGCAUUGCUGUCGAUGCAGAGCGUCGCUCGGUUUUCUUGCAGCCACAUUGCACUGCUGACUCAUAUUCAGAUUGCAGUCUUCUGAAAGAACCAGGAGAAAUAAAAGACUUUGCCCCCUCCCCUUUAAUUCUCAGUUCGCCAGCCAUGUGGGGCCUGGAGGCAGCCGUGUGCCCAUCUCAACAUUCUGUGGUGCAGGCAGACACCGUCAUGCUGUGGAUCAACAACAGGUCUGUUCAGCCCCCGGCAGCCCCUGGUAUCCUGCCCCUGGAAGGUGCGAGAGAAGAUCCUUGGCAAUGCUUCUGCCAGGCCAGCAGGGAUGAUGAAGGAAAAGGAUCGGGACCAGAAGAACUGCACUUACCAAGGUGUUGGAGAGAGCUGGCAGCCAAAAACUGUUAAGCAGGAGGAGGAGGAAGACAGACUGGAGAUGCAUCUUAACCGGCUGGAAGCUGCUGCCACCAGUCUCCCUGGGAAAAGUGGUGCAAAUGGGCUCCCUCAGGCUGUGCGAAAACCGAGCGGUGCAGAGUCCUUGCAGCCGGGCUCUGGAGCAGCGGGCGAGGAGGUCUUGCUAUUGGACUGCCGAGCGGGACCUGCUGUUCGGGCUUGCAGACCCCAGCUGGGAGAGAUGCCCCACUGGUGCCUGGAAUGCGGGAAGAACUUUGACCAGAAGUCAGAGCUAGAAAUGCACCAGUCCAAGCACACCGGGCAGAGUUCCUACAUCUGCAGCGAUUGCGGGAGGGGCUUCAUGGAGCACGUGGCCCUUGCUGCAGGACAGGGAGCGUGUGCUGCAGGGAACGCCUUCAGCCCCGCCGGGAGCAGGAGAAGGGGGCUGCCCUUGCCCGGCGAAGCUGUCGUGCAAAGGAAGGAGCGAAAGGAGCUGUCUCUGCAGGAGAAGGUCCGAGUGCUGGAGAUGCUAGAAGGACCCAAGGUGUCCCAGAGCGAGCUGGCAAAAAGAUUUGGGGUCUCCCAGCCCCAGAUUUGUCGCAUUAUCAAGAACAAAGAGCGCAUCCUGGCAGAGUGGGGUAAAAAUGCCAACCCGGGACGCAAACGCAAACUGGAGGAGAAGGGCCCAGCCGGCGACCAAGCUUUCUUGCAGUGGUUUGAGCGGAGCUGCGGGCACACCUUCCCCUCCGAGGGGAGGCAUUGGCAAGAGAAGGCCAGCCUUGCAGGGGAGCCGGGCCUAGAGACCAGCCUUCGUUGGCGAAACGGCUCCCAAGCAAAGCCGAAAGCAGCGCCCGCGAGGCCCCUUCUGGAGAAAUGGAGCAGGGAGCUGUUGGAGGAGGAAGAGGAGGAGGAAGAGAGCCGCUGGGAAAGUACCACCCUGCCCUGUGUCCUCAGCCAGUAUGACCUUCCCGAUGUCUAUGCUUGUGGGGAAACAGGCAUGCUAUUUAGAGCAACCCCAGAAGACCUGGCGCCGCGGAGGAGUAAGGAAGCCAGUGACCAGCUCACCGUCUUGCUCUGCACCAACAUGGAUGGCUCGGAUAAAAGGGACGUGCUGGUUGUGGGCAAGGCGGCCAGGCUGUUCGGCUUCCAGGCAGGCGGCCUCCAGGAGUUGCCUUCCGCAACCUACAGGGCCAACAGUAAGGCCUGGAUGACCGCCGCCAUCUUCACCCACUGGCUUCAGAGGUUGAACGAAGAGAUGAAGCAGAAGGAGAGGCGGGUGGUGCUUUUCUUAACUCAGUGCAGCGUGCAUCCCCACACCGAGCUGUCUAACAUCCAGAUGGUUUUCAUGCCCCCCCACCUGUCCUGGCUGCGUCCCUUGGAGCAAGGGGUCAUCCAGAAUUUUAAGUGCCACUACCGGAGGAGGCUGCUGACCCAUCUCCUGGUCAGGUGCAACAGCAGAGGCUCCGCCCCAAUCAGCAGAUUCUCCAGGUACCUAACCCUGCCGGAUGCCGUCCACCUGGUCGUCCAAGCUUGGUCCGAGGUGUGUCCGCAGACCAUAGCAAACUCUUUCAAAGCUGCGGGUUUCAGCGUGAAUCCCCGCAUCCUAACCCCUCCGCUGGAGGUUGUCCAAGCCCUGGGCUGCAAGGACCAAGACCAGUUUGAGCGGUUUGUGUUGAUGGACGAAGGGCUGGAGUGUUUUGGGGACCAGGAGGGUGCCGAAGCAACGAAGGGGGUCCAGCAGCAUCAGGAGCCCCCCUCUGCGAGAGCAGAAGGCAAGGAAGAAAAGGAGGAACCGCUCUCGUUCUCCUGCCCCUCGAAGGCCGAAGUCCUGGAGAGUUUGGCUAAGCUGAGGCGCUACCUGGAGGGCCAUUCAGCGUGGCCAGCCACAUUCCACACAUUCUACCAGCUGGAGGACCUGAUCCACGCCAUAGCGCUCUCCGACAUGCAGGUAGUCAAAGCUAAAGCCUGCAAAGACUGACUCCCAGGGCAGCUCUUGUACAAAUGAACGACUCUCGAUCCUGAAAUGGGGGCAUUUGGGGCCUCCUAAAAAACCCUGUACAGUCCCCAAAUAGUUUGGGGAAGAAGUAGUGCGGAGAGAGGGCACUGCCGUUUUCCUCCUGAGAAUUAGCAGCAUGCACCGAAGAACAGCCCAGUAGCCGGUUUCCAGCGGGAAGAGAGGAGGGGGACGGACUGGUGGAUUUACGGCGAGCAGCCCUGCUUGCAGAGGGCCUCUGCAGGAGCUGGCGGGCAGAAGGUGCUUCCUUUGGCCCGUCUGGCCUGUGCCUGCACACCAGGGCCUAGUUUGUCGUGUGCGCCCCAUCAUGGCUUUUGAAACAUGGUUUAGCAAACCGAUCCAGUUGCAACUCAAUCAUGGCCAAAACUACAGGUUAGCAAGUGUGUAAAUCUAGCCACUGAUUAACAUUUAUGGGUGACAGAAAGGCGUGGGGAGUCGGGGGGAGGGGGCCAACAGCGCCACACACAACAUGAUGUCAUCAUGCAAAUGAUGCGAGUUGCAGAAUUUGCAUCACUCGGGUGAUGACAUCAUGGCCUCAUCCUGACUUGUACUGGACCCCGAGUAGGUUGGCAGAAAGCUUGGCAUCUCUCCCUAUGCCUGCACUGGGGGCAUUUCCCUGGACAGAGGCAGUGGCACCGAAGGCAGUGAUUAAUUCAGGGAAGGCCGUGACAGCCAUUUUUUCUUGACCUUCUAUGAUGCUGUGGGAGCCACACAGAAGGGCUGGAUAGUUGGGGAAGUGGGAUAUGAGUGCGACGGCGGCCGAACGGAGGUUCCUCUUCCAGCAGCCAGAGUUAGGACUCUCCCCAAGGGAACCCCACAGCAGGAUCAGGGUGACGGAGGCCACUCAGUGCCAGGAGGGCAGAAGCCGAAGCUGCGCCUGUUGCCUCUGGAGCUUUGGUGGGCCCUGACCCUAGGGACGUGAGGUGGUCCUCCACGACAGGCCAGGCUGGGCUGUCAGCAGGUGAGGCGGAACAUCUCCUAAAAGAGCCGUCCUUGGAGACAGCCACCGACAUAAGUCCAGAAGCCACAGUUGGGCGAUAGCCGUGUUAAGCCAGCCUAAGCGCGCAGAACGGCUUUUGAGGUUUCCAGAAAUCAUACAGUUUUUGAAAAUAAGAGGGUGGGUGUGGGAAGAACUCGUAGAGCCCGUGGGCCCAUUUGGCCUGGAAUUCCUGAACGAAUCUGACUUCAAGGAUGCAAAUGCCCAUCUGCCAGAAUGCCAAUAAAGUGUUAAGU